UUACUCUCAAAAACCCAAAAUUUUAACCCUUUUUUCUCUUUAUUAGCGACACAUUAUCUUUUGCCUCGAACGCCUAAAAGUCUAAAUUACCAUAUUCCCAGUUAUCCCUUACUAACGUAUACUUUGUGUCUCAAAGGGAAAUAGAGGACAGCACAAUAUUCCAUUUCAGCAGAGCAUGAUGAGAUCUAUCUCCACCUCUAAGGCUAAGGACUGUUCACUCUUAGGGCGGAGAGCCGUACUCUUUGGGUGGUAGGAGGUGAAGAAGAAAGAGGAGCUUAAGGAAGAAAACGGUAGUGAGAGGUAUCUAUAUGAGGUUGACCUCUUUUGCCACAUGUAGUCGCUUGAUAGGUUCGUUGGCCGCUUCUAUGAUCUCUGGUUAGGUGAAUAACUUGAGAUCGCCUAAAUUUUCAAGUACGUGGUGAUAAUUGAUGGUUGUCUUAUCGAAGUGACCUUGUUGUCAGGGGUGGUUGGCUUGCACUUCCUUUGAUCCUGACAAACAAUACUUAUGGUGGAAGAGAUAAGAUUGACGAAACCUGAUGGGCGGAGUUAGGUGGUGAAGUGAUCAUGGUACUUUGGCGCAGAUUGCCAAGUAGCGUAUGUAUUUGGAACAGUCCUUAUGGUGGAAGAGAUAAGACGGACGAAACCAGAUCGGCGGAGUUAGAUGAUGGUUGUCUUUGAUAGGCUUGUUGCUCCUUCUCAUGAUCUCUUGUUAGAUGAGUAAUGUGACAUCACCAAGAUUUCAAAAUACGAUAAGUGAUAGUUGUCUUACUGGAGUGACCUUAUUAUUAGGGGUGGUUAGCUUGCACAUUCCCUUGAUCCUGGCAGAACAAUCCUUAUGGUGGAAGAGAUAAGACUGACGAAACCAGAUGGGUGAAGUUAGGUGAUCACGGUACUUUGGCGCAGAUUGCCAAGUGGAGUACAUAUAUGGAACAGUCCUUAUGGUGGAAGAGAUAAGACUGACAAAACGAGAUGGGCGGAGUUUGGGGAUGAUUGUCUUGAUAGCCUCGCUGGUCCUUCCCAUCAUCCCUUGUUAGGUGAGUAUUGUUAGGACAUGGUUUUGAAGGUUUCAUGAGCUCUGCAACCUUCUUAGGCUGGAGAACGAUCGCGUUCAUUCACAAUUGCAUACAUUUAUAGCUGAAAAUGGCUGAUGGAAUAUCAAGCUUUUGGGGUCCAGUCACAUCUACAAGCGAGUGUUGUGAGAAGAAUUAUGCCUACUCUUCUUAUGUUGCAGAGUUCUACAAUACUAUAUCGAAUAUCCUCGCCAUUCUUUUAGCCUUCAUCGGUCUCGUAAAUGCCAUACGACAGAGGUUCGAGAAAAGAUUCACUGUUCUUCAUGUAUCUAAUAUGAUACUUGCCAUUGGAAGCAUGUUAUACCAUGCCACCUUGCAACGCUUGCAACAACAAGGUGAUGAAACUCCUAUGGUAUGGGAGAUGCUUCUUUAUAUGUACAUCUUGUACUCACCGGAUUGGCAUUACCGAAGCACGAUGCCCACUUUCCUUUUCCUUUACGGUGCCAUUUUUGCCGUCGUUCAUUCUGUCAUUCGUUUUGGCAUCGGCUUUAAAGUGCAUUACGUGAUUCUCUGCCUUCUUUGUAUCCCACGGAUGUAUAAGUACUACAUUCACACCAAUGAUGCCUCUGCUAAGAAGCUCGCGAAGUUGUAUGUGGCUACGCUUUCCCUAGGUAGUUUAUGCUGGUUCUCCGAUCGUGUUUUCUGCAAACAGAUAUCGAGUUGGCCAAUCAACCCCCAAGGUCAUGCUUUAUGGCAUCUCUUGAUGGGUUUCAAUUCAUAUUUUGCAAACACAUUUUUAAUGUUCUGUCGUGCUCAGCAACGGGGAUGGGCGCCGAAAGUCGUUUAUCUUAUGGGCAUUCUCCCGUAUGUGAAGAUUGAGAAACCGAAAACACAAUGACGAUCGAGGAGGGAACUCUGAAAUAUAGUUUUCCUUCCCCCGUUAUGGGAGGUAAUCAAGAAAAGCAAUGAAAAAAGUCUCAAGGAUGAUUUAUUCAUUGAAGUUGUUUGUCAGGAUCUCAUUGAAGUUUUAAUUUGUAAAAAAGUAGAAACAUGUACCAUAUUUAAAAUGCUUUUUGUUUGAAUUAUGCUAGUAGUUAGGGUUUUGAGAUAGAUCAUGAAUUUUUGUUCUUAUAGUUUUUUUCCUUACUAUGGAGAUUUUGGAUUUUGGAUUA